AUGGUGUACUGUAUAGUUUUGUGUGAUAAAACAGUAUUCGAGACUAGCUGUUUUACAUAUUUUAAUAAGUCAAUUUUCUUUUCAGUGGUUGACGCCAGUGGCCGUUUACCAUCUGGAAGCUUAGGAGGAACACUUACGGAUAUGGGAGACUAUGAUCAGUGUCUGGAUGUCGUUCAACCCAAAAAACACAAGCACAGUGAAAUCAGAGGACAGUACUGCACUUUGGAACUCAAGCCAAUGCUUCCUGCAUUGCAGAGCAGUGUCACGCUCAACACCAAAGUUUUAAAAUUUGGGAAUACAUCAAGAGAUUCGGUAUUGACGGAUAUAUCCCGUUCGUCCGCACUGUUCCACAUCAUGGCCAUGCGUAUUGGAGUUUGUGUUCCUUCUCCAUGUGUUGCAGACGAUAUAAAAGAAUUAACUUCUGCACUGCUGAAGAAAGUUCCAGUGCAAGUGUCAGUCAGAAACUGUGAAACGAAACAAAAUUCACGCAUCACUAUACCUCAGAUUAUCGUAAUAUCUACAGCUGUAGUAAUAGGCUUGUUGAUCAUUGCUGGAACUUUGAUCGAAAAUUAUGUAACAAAAUAUGCUUCUAAACCUCAAGAGACAGGCCGUGUUCCACAAAGUCUACUUGCCUUCUCAGCAACAGCCAACAUUCGGCAACUCCUCAAAUCUCCUCGAAGGAAUUCUACUCUUGGAGCGGUAAAUGGUAUCCGAUGCCUUAGCUUGAUGUGGAUCGUCUUAGCUCAUACAUAUGGAUUUGGACAUAGACAAGGAUUAGCUCGUUUGAGCCAUGCUAAAACUUACAUGGACGACAUCCUUUUUCAAAUUAUAACCAAUGCAUGGGUUUCCGUUGACACGUUUUUCAUGCUUGGAGGUCUUUUGGUCGCUAUUUCAAAUUUAAAACUCAUGGAAAAUUCAGGGGGAACCAUCAACUUCUUCUCACACGUCCUUCAUAGAAUUUGGAGGUUAACGCCUCCUUUAGCAGGCACUUUAGGUGUUAUGUUCCUUUUACCACUGAUUGGUUCUGGUCCUUUAUGGGCAGAUAUGAUUGGUCAAAAAGUUGCCAACUGUGAAAAACGAUGGUGGCAAGUUUUCUUACCUAUAAACACGUGGGUGGAUUUUAGUUCCAUGUGCCUUUUGCACACCUGGUACGUAGCAGCUGACGUGCACUUCUACUGUCUGGCUCCACUGGCAUUAUUUGUUCUAUUUAAAUGGCCAACAAUUGGAUUCUUCCUGUUGUUCUUAGUAACGGCAGCUUGCUCUUUCAUUACCGGACUUCUAACGAUAAUACAUAAUCUACCACCAACUGUGAUAUUUUUUUCGCCAGAUGUUGAGUUGACGAAGAAGACAGCAAAUCUCAUUUACUUCAGACCAUAUCCUCACAUUGGAGCUUACUGUGUUGGCUUAGCACUAGGUUAUCUGCUUUGGAAGUAUCAUAAAUGGACUCUUUCCAAGCUUGCACAAAGUGCAGGUUGGGCUGUCUCUUCGGCAAGCUGUCUUGCUGUACUUUUUGCCACAUAUUCCUGGAGCAGGGGCAACAGAGCUGAUCCCGCUGAAGGAGUCAUUUACGCCGUCUUGCACAGAACAGUGUGGGCAGCCGGAGUAGCCUGGGUUUUAUUUAUAUGCGCAACUGGGCAUGGCGGUAUUUUGAACAAGUUCCUAUCCUGGCAAAUUUUUGCCCCUCUGAGUCGCCUUAGUUAUUCAGUGUAUUUGUUACAUUUCCCAGUUCUAUGGGUUAGAGUCAGCUGGAGAAGAUCCUUAUUGAAUUUCCACCACUACGAUAUAGUAACUGAAUUUCUAGGAAUAUUGAUGAUAACAUUAGGACUAUCGAUCAUAUUUCAUCUUGCAUUCGAAGCACCAUUCCUCAAACUAGAACAAAUAUGGUUUCCAGAAAGAAGAAAGUCAACAGAAUGCAGCAAAACUUUGGAGAGCAAACAUGCAACAUAACACUCAUAUAGCAAGAUAUCUUGGACAAAUUUUCAGACACAGACUUAAAACAUGUGUGUUACAUAAACAGAUGCUAAAUGAAGUAUGCCUGAUGCAUUUGUGCAAAGAAACUGUUGGACUCUGAGAUUGCAAAUAGCAUUCAGCUAUUCAUAUAUAUAAAAAGGCUGUGUUUACACUAUGGCAUUAAAUAGUACAUGGGAUAAAUUUCAAAGCUGACUGCUAGAUGAUGAUUUGGUGUUAAUCCCCUUUUUGAAGGACAAAGUCUGAUGCAUAGGUGUUCCAUUUUAUGCCUUAUGCCUCCUAUUCUGACCAAUCAAAGUGAAAUAUGUAACAUCACUUUCAGAUAAGCAUAUUACUACCUGAGAUAGGACUGUUCAACUAUUUUAUGUAAAAGGCCACUAAUCAAAUGUUCCUAUAUAAUCCCACUGGGAUGCUGGUAGGUCUUGCAAAGGUGCUAUUAGUUAUAGAUGUUUAUUAAUUGAGGACAACACAUCUCAUAACACUGGCUGAGUGCUGGUAUAUAUAAAGAGCCAUUUAAAAAUUUUGUAUGUGACAUCAGUGCCCAACUGUUGUUAAAUGUUUUGUACAUAUGCAUGCGAGUAUAUAUAUAUAUAAUUUAAAAAAUAACCAUCAGAAAUAGAUAUUAAAAUUAAGCAUUGCAUGCAUUUCAUUUUUAUAUACUAAUUUAUCACUUCAUUUUCCCAAAAACUAUAAAAAAAGGAAUAAAAUUAUUACAAAUAGAUUAUAAAAUUACACAUGAUGAAUUUACAUUCUAAUACUACUAAAAAUAUUACCUUCCCUAGUAAUUUAUUUUUCAUCUUUUAGUUAGCCUUUUUAGUUUUAGGCUUCUAAGAGUUAAUAUAAAAUGUAGGAUUUGCCCUUAUUUAAGUAGGCAAUGUCUGCCUGCCUGCUUGAUAUAUUAAUAUGCAGCAUUAUAAUGUAAUAAUACUGGGUGGCAUCUUGGCAAAUAAAUAUGCAUAAAUCAGCUGCUUUAGUCAUAGGAAAUUAAUCUGCUUUUAAUCAAUCAUCAGUCUUGAUCAAUUGCAAUGAAUACAUCUGUGAAGUGUCACAGAUAUGUAAUUUAUCAACAUGUAAAUGUUAAUAAUAUUGUAUAUGAUGAUAUGUAAUUACAAUCAAUAAGUAAUAAUUAUUAAUGGAACAGUGAUGUAAUUGUAGUACAUCAUCAAUUAUAAUUAAGAAAGCAAUACUCCCAGAAAUUAAUAGUUUAAAUCAACACUCCCAGCAAUUAAUAGUUUAAAUCAACACUCCCAGCAAUUAAUAAUUUUUAAUAUUACACUAUAAUAAAAAGAUGUACCUAUACUUCUUGUGUUCAUGUCAGUGUCAAUAACUGCAGGAAUGUUCAAUUACAUAUUAAAAUGUGGCAGUAACAAUGAUGUAAGCUUUGGUUUUUACAGUUUCCAAUGAAUAAUAUUUUCCAUCUGGCUUUUAAAUUUCAUUUGGUUUUAGUUUUUUGCCAAUUAACAAAGAAUAAAAUAAUUUUGUUUUUAGAAUCAUUUUAUCAAUGACCUUUUCAACUUCCUGCUAUACCUAUGCUAUCAACUUUCUUUCUUUUUUCAACAUCAUUUUCUCACAGAUCCCUAAAUGUCUUUCAGUAUCAGUACUUACAUCAUUAUCACUAGUCACUGCAAUAAUUUAAAUUUCAUUAUAUUAUUUCAACAAUAUAAAGUCAUUAUAUUAUUUCAACAAUAGAAAUACUGCCAUUUAGCUAUAACUUAUGUAAACAAGAAUAAAGCAGAUACGGGAAGCAAAAGGAAUGUUACAUAGUGAAUUACACCUCCCCCAGAAAUGAUUUAUUCAGACCACUGAUAUCAAGAACAUACAUAUAUACAUUUAGAAGCUAUGCAAAACAAAAAAUAAGAAUAUUCCUAUAUUUUGACCCCUUCACCAUUAACCAUUUUGGCACAGUGAAUAAAAGCAAAUUAAAAAUAUCUGUUACAAAAGUAUUCGUAGCAUCUCUUCAGCAAUGACUGGUUAAUGAAGAGACUCCAGAAGUUUUGAUACACUAUUUUUAUUAUACGAAAUAUAGUCUGCUAAUAAUUUUCGUCUACUCAUAUUUUACUGUUAAUAAAAAGUGAUUGAACAUAAAAAAGUGCAAUUCUAAGAAUCACAAAAUAAAUGCAAUAUAGAUUUACAUGGAAAUCUAAUAUAUUACUCUUCGAUGAAUGAUUAGAGAUGGAUCUUAAUUCCCCAGAUUUUGUUAGCAUGAGUGUUUUUUAUGACUGAUAACUGUGAUAUCAGCUGCAAGCUUUUGAUUGAGUCUGACAUGAGAAGCUCAUCUACAAUGUUCAUAAAAAUGGAUUUCAGUAUAGAAAUCAUUCACAUACUUCAGUCUUCUCUUGAUAAAAGGGCACUUAUAAGUAUUCAAGGUCUAGUCAAUAAGAAUUUUCAGUCAAUUAAAGCAGAAGUGCCACAUAUCUGUAUCUUAGGGGCUGGCCUUAUAUUUGUGCAUGACUUCAUAAAUUUCUCAUUAGAUCACAACCCUUUUCUUUAGUAUGUUAUGUAGAUAACAUGGUAAUUAUAGGCAAAUGAAAAAGACCAUAGAAAUACUGCCAUUGCUUGCUGCAUCCAAGCUAUGCCAUCGCUUGAAUGCAAGAAAAAUUCUCCUUCACUGAAGGCAGGAACAGAAAAUGGAAAAUAUACACCAAUCUUGACUAAUUCCAACUAAUCCUGCAAAGUAUCCACUCGGAGAUAACACUGGUAACCUGACACACUUUUUGUUAAGCAAAUCACUGAAAUACACAGAACUAAUAAAUACUUGGGAAACAAAAUAUUUGGCUUAACUCAGCUAAUAUAAGCUUCAACUGGACUUUUUAUACCCAUAAAUUGAGAGGCAAAGCACAUGGAAUUUUUUCGAGCUUUCUUUGGAUAUUAAUCAGGCCUGUAUUUAACCACCUAUCUCAAAACUCCAAGAAAGCUGGUUUAAAGAAAUUACAGAUCCUUCAGAACAAGUUCGUAAGACUUAUUACUGAGCUUUUUUUUUUUAUAACAGAAUCUCUAUUAAGACUUGAAAACUGAGUUGAAGGCUAUUUUAACUACAUCAGUGUGUUCUUUCAUACAAUUGCAGUCUGAUUCGUUACUUUUCAAAUUUAAAAUCUGAAGUUUUAGUAUGACGUUUUCUUCACAGCAUGCACAACCCAUCUACUCAGGAACAAUAAUCUCAAUUUUCUGUAUGUUUAAAUCAUUUACAUACAAUUUUCUAAUUUAUUUUCUCUGGUAUUCAAUUUCUGUUUGCUUAACAGAUUAUUAUAUUUCUUGUUAGCACAACUGUUAGAAAUUUUCUGAAGCUUUUACUACGUCUCCUUCUUUUGUCACUGUUCAUAACUUUGUGUGGAACCCAUUCUCAGGAUUUCUUAAGUGUCCUUCUCUUAAAUGGACCUCAUUUAAGUAUGGUAUAUCAGUAUAAUAUGUACAUAUCAACUACUGCUAUAGUGUAAAUACAUCCUUUAAAUUGAAAUGUAGGGAUUGUGAUACUUAUGCAUUUCAAAAUAAGAAUCAUGCAGUUUUUCAACUGUAUGUGAACAGCAAACUACUAAUCCUAUGUGAAUUAAAUCAAGUCCACAAUCUGCUGUAAACUCCAAGGAAAAUAACAGUAUAGUAUGAUUACAGAUAUUAUUUGAAAUUUCUCAGUGCAUUAUUUUUUCUGAAAACUGUGUGUUGUACAUAUGGAAAAGUAUAUUUAUUAUUUUUAUUUGUUUCUUUGUCUACUCAUAGCAUUUGCAAAAUGAGAAUUGUAACAGUAUAUGAUAUAAUAUUAACACAGUGUUUUGUACUAAUACAAAGAUGAUUAAAGACAUCUUUUUUAAUUAAA